AUGGACGCAGGAAUUCCUCCAGCUGCACUGUCCCACCGGUUCACUCUCGAACUCGAAUUCGUGCUAUGCCUGUCAAAUCCUCUUUAUCUCCAAUAUCUGGCCUUGAAUUUUCCUCAUCUAUUAAACAAGCCAGCAACGUCACAGAAUGCCUCUGAGGGCCAUGAUUCAGAUGCAGCUCGGUUCGCGAGGUACCUCAAGUAUCUUUACAACUACUGGCGCACUCCGGAAUAUGCCAAAUAUCUCACUCAUCCUGGAGCCACUCUACGAAAUCUCGAGUUACUCCAGCAAGAGCAGUUUCGAAAGGACAUCAUACGCCCGGAUGUCAUCGCAAAACUCUUCGAGACAGAUGGUACACCUCAGGCCAACACCGACGUGACCAAUGGAAGGGAGUCGUCCACACAGCAAGUCUCUACAUAG